AGACAGAGGCAGUCAGAUAAUGAAAGAGAGAGAGAGAGAAAAAACAAAUCUUACACACAACACCCUUUCGCCUCUUUGAAGCCACUGUCUCUCUCUAUAGAACAGUGUUUCACUUCAUUCAGCUCUCUUCCGCUCGCCUCCCUUUUCCUCACGAGUCAAUUGCUGCGUGGGCGUCGGACCGUUAAUGUGUCACUAUAUAAGACCCUUGCCCUUAGCUCUGGGCAGUUAGUCUUCGCUGUAACUCUUCAGCUGUGAGAUUUCAACAUGAUUGCCAAAACUUGCCAAGUAGUGAUCGCCGUGCUGGUGCUGGCUCUCCUGGCUACCGUGCGAGCUGCUCCGGGCUACAUCGGCAACGUGGGCGGCUUCGGGGGCUACGGCAACGGCUUUGGCUUCGCAGGCUACGGUGGGGGCUACACCGGCGUGGGCUACGCUGGAAAUGUAGGCUACGGUGGGGGCUACGGAGGAGGCUACGGUGGGGGCUACGGAGGAGGCUACGGUGGGGGCUACGGAGGAGGCUACGGAGGAGGCUACGGUGGGGGCUACGGAGGAGGUGAGUGUACUAUCCCGAAACCCCUUACCCUUUGAUUCAUUGUUUCAUGUCGUAUCGCGGUCGCUACAAAACACGAUAGCCUCGAAGAUUGUACAAAAAAAAGAAAAUAAUAAUAAUAUUAAAAAUAAUAACUAACUAACUAGCUAAAUAAAUAAACAAAAAAAAAGUUUUCACAUAAAAGUCAAUAGAAAACGAUUAAAACACUUAGUAUGCAGGUAUUAUUUUUAUUUACAAGCAAAACAUUACGGCUUCAAAUGUAAUAGAAAAGGUACAUGGCUAGUCUGCAACUUAUAUUGAUUAUCCAGCGUUCUUUGCUUCGCAAGGCUGUGGAAACUUUCAAAUGUAUUUCACAGAUUCAGUCAAAAAAAAGAAAAACAAUCAUAUUACAUACUUUGUUCUUUAUAUGAAACAUGGAAGUUACAUAAGCCUUAUAAAUUGGAUUAUUUAAACAAAUCAAGAUACACAGCCUUUUCUUUGACAUUUCUGAGCCUGUAAGGUAUUAUUACAGAGAUAGAAAAUGCUUGAAAAAAAAAAAAA